AGCAAGGGAACGGACGUCUGACUCUCUCUCACACUCUCUCUCUUUCUCUCUCCUGGGAGCGACUGUAGACCAGCCUUCUCUUCCAGCUCUUCCGGAUCCACAGCUGCCUAACUCAACAUGUGCGACGAGGACGAGACCACCGCCCUGGUGUGUGAUAAUGGCUCCGGGCUGGUGAAGGCUGGCUUCGCCGGUGACGAUGCCCCCAGAGCAGUGUUCCCCUCCAUUGUAGGCCGACCCCGUCACCAGGGAGUCAUGGUGGGCAUGGGGCAGAAGGACAGCUACGUAGGAGAUGAGGCCCAGAGCAAGAGAGGUAUCCUCACCCUCAAGUACCCCAUUGAGCACGGCAUCAUCACCAACUGGGAUGACAUGGAGAAGAUCUGGCACCACACCUUCUACAAUGAGCUGCGUGUGGCCCCCGAGGAGCACCCCGUCCUGCUGACAGAGGCUCCUCUCAACCCCAAGGCCAACAGGGAGAAGAUGACCCAGAUCAUGUUUGAGACCUUCAACGUACCAGCCAUGUAUGUGGCCAUCCAGGCUGUUCUGUCCCUGUAUGCCUCUGGCCGUACCACAGGUAUUGUGUUGGAUGCUGGUGAUGGUGUGACCCACAAUGUGCCUGUAUAUGAGGGUUAUGCUCUGCCCCAUGCCAUCAUGAGGCUGGACCUGGCUGGCAGAGACCUGACUGACUACCUGAUGAAGAUCCUCACAGAGAGAGGCUACUCUUUUGUCACCACAGCUGAGAGAGAGAUUGUCCGCGACAUCAAGGAGAAGCUGUGCUAUGUGGCGCUGGACUUUGAGAAUGAGAUGGCCACUGCUGCCUCCUCCUCCUCCCUGGAGAAAUCCUAUGAGUUGCCCGAUGGCCAGGUCAUCACCAUUGGAAACGAGAGGUUCCGCUGUCCAGAGACUCUUUUCCAGCCCUCCUUUAUUGGUAUGGAGUCUGCUGGAAUCCAUGAGACCACAUACAAUGGCAUCAUGAAGUGCGACAUUGACAUCCGUAAAGAUCUUUAUGCCAACAACGUCCUGUCUGGUGGUACCACCAUGUAUCCAGGUAUUGGUGACCGUAUGCAGAAGGAAAUCACUGCCCUGGCUCCCAGCACCAUGAAGAUCAAGAUGAUUGCCCCUCCUGAGCGUAAGUACUCCGUAUGGAUUGGUGGCUCCAUCCUGGCCUCCCUCUCUACUUUCCAGCAGAUGUGGAUCAGCAAGGAUGAGUAUGAGGAAGCUGGACCCUCUAUCGUCCACCGGAAGUGCUUCUAAACGUCAGGACCUCCCAUUUUGUCAGCUCUCUUUGUGUGCUUCUUGUUUUCUGUCUUUUGUCUUCCCCGUCUCUCAGCAGAUUUUGUUUAUCUCAAGCCCAUUUGUCAUCAUUAUCAUGAACAUCUUCGUGACAUUUCUGUUCCAAACCAUGGCAAAAUACUGAAUAAACUGAGGACAAAUCAAAUCGUUUACUUUU